AUGACGUCUGACGGUGCGACGUCGACGUCAGCAGCAGCGUUGGCGACGAGGCGGAAACCGUCGUGGAGAGAGAGGGAGAACAAUCGGAGGAGGGAGAGGCGGAGGAGAGCUGUAGCGGCGAAGAUAUAUACCGGUCUCAGAGCUCAAGGUAACUACAAUCUGCCCAAGCACUGCGACAACAAUGAGGUGCUCAAGGCUCUUUGUGCUGAAGCUGGUUGGGUGGUUGAAGAAGACGGAACCACUUAUCGCAAGGGACACAAGCCUCUUCCUUGUGACAUGGCUGGAUCAACCUCAAGAGCCACUCCUUACUCUUCCUACAACCAAAGCCCUCUCUCUUCCGCAUUCGAAAGUCCCAUCCUUUCAUACCAAGUCAGUCCAUCGUCUUCCUCAUUCCCGAGUCCUUCUCGUGGCGGCGGCACGCACAACAUCUCCACAAUCUUCCCUUUCCUCAGGAACGGCGGGAUUCCAUCAUCCCUGCCACCGCUUAGAAUCUCAAACAGUGCUCCAGUCACACCACCAGUCUCAUCCCCAAAUUCCAAAAACCCCAAACCAUUGCCCACUUGGGAAUCAUACACCAAACAGUCCAUGGCCAUUGCUGCUAAACAGUCAAUGUCGACUUUCAACUACCCGUUUUACGCGGUCUCUGCACCAGCGAGUCCCACUCAUCAUCGCCAGUUCAAUGCUCCAGCUACUAUACCUGAAUGUGAUGAGUCUGACUCUUCCACUGUUGAUUCUGGUCAUUGGAUUAGCUUUCAGAAGUUCUCACAACAGCCGUUCCAUGGCGGCUCUGCAGUGCCUGCCUCUCCUACGUUCAAUCUAGUGAAGCCCCCUGUACCUCAGCAGUUAUCUCCAAACACUGCAGCAACUCGAGAGAUUGGUCAAAGCUCGGAAUUUAAGUUUGAGAACAGCCAAGUUAAGCCAUGGGAAGGGGAGAGGAUCCAUGAUGUGGCAAUGGAGGAUCUGGAGCUCACACUUGGGAACGCUAAAGGUUAG